CACACCAUGGCCGGCCCGCUGUGCCUCCUCCUGCUCGGUGCCUCCCUGGCCAGCCUCCUGUCGCCCGGGGGAAGUGUGUUCAUCAAACGGGAACAUGCUAACAGCAUCCUGCACAGGGUCCGGAGGGCAAAUUCAUUAUUUGAAGAGAUGAAGAAAGGAAACCUUGAAAGAGAGUGUUGGGAAGAGACUUGCUCCUACGAAGAGGCCCGAGAAGUCUUUGGGGACACGGAGAAGACGAAUGAAUUCUGGAAUAUAUACAAAGAUGGUGACCAGUGUGAAAGCAAUCCCUGCCUGAAUCAGGGCAGGUGUAAGGACGGCCUUGGGGAAUACAACUGCACUUGUCAGGAAGGAUAUGAAGGCAGAAACUGUGAAUUACGUGAGUUCCUCUUCUUGGGACUCUUCUAG